AAUUGUUUAAAAUGCAAGCUCUUAUUAGUGUUUAUGACAAGACUGCCCUUGAGAGUUUAUCUAGAUCCCUGUUUUCAAAUGGUUAUGAGAUUAUAGCAUCAGGAAAAACAGCAUCAUUUAUAUCAUCAUUGAAUAUACCUGUAAAAAAUAUAUCCCUCUAUACAGGAUUUACAGAAAUUUUAGGAGGGCGGGUUAAAACACUUCAUCCUGCAAUACAUGCCGGCAUCCUUGCAAGAGACAACGAAAUGGAUCAAAAAGAACUCGACAAAUUGAAUUACCAUAAGAUUGAUUUGGUGAUAUGUAACCUCUAUCCCUUUUCUCAAGUAGUCAGAGAACCUGAUGUAGCAAUGGAUGUAGCUAUAGAAAACAUAGAUAUAGGAGGUAUUACUUUGAUCAGGGCGGCGGCUAAGAAUUUUGAAAGAGUCACCGUACUUUGCGAUGUAAAGGAUUAUGAGAGGGUUUUGGACGAAAUUAAAACCUAUAAAGGCAAAACCACACUACAAACAAGACAGGAAUUGGCUUUAAAGGCAUUCACUUGCACUGCUGAUUACGAUGAUAAAAUAUCUGAUUUUUUUCGUAAACGAUUUAGAGAUUCAACUUAUCAAAUUGAUUUGAGGUAUGGGAUGAACCCAAGUCAAAAACCUGCUCAAAUCUUCAGUUCAAACCACGAAUUGCCAUUUAAAGUAUUGAAUGGAGCCCCUGGUUAUAUAAAUUUACUGGACGCCUUAAAUUCUUGGCAAUUGGUGAAAGAACUUAAAGGCGCCUUGAAUAUACCGGCAGCAGCUUCAUUUAAACACGUUAGUCCAGCAGGUGUCGGUAUUGGUGUGCCAUUCAAUGAAGAAGAUGCAAAAGUUUUCAUGGUUGAAGAUCUAUUAGAACGAUUAACUCCUAUUGCUUUCGCUUAUGCCAGAGCCAGAGGUUCUGAUAGAAUGUCAUCUUAUGGGGAUUUUAUAGCACUAUCCGAUACAUGCGACUUUAUAACGGCCAAAAUAAUAUCCAGAGAAGUUUCAGAUGGCAUAAUUGCACCAGAUUUUACUCAAGAAGCUUUGGAACUUUUAUCUAGGAAGAAAAAUGACGGAUAUUGCAUAUUAAAAAUGGAUCCUACUUAUGAACCGGAAGUUAUGGAACGAAAAAUCCUGUAUGGUUUAACCCUGGAACAACCUAGAAAUAAAACUAAAAUCGAUAAAAAUUUCUUUUCACAAAUAAUGUCGAAAAAUAUAGAAUUAUCUGAUGCUGCUUUGAGUGAUUUGAUAAUAGCCACAAUAUCCCUAAAAUUUACUCAAUCAAAUUCUGUGUGUUAUGCCAAAGAUGGUCAGACUAUAGGGAUAGGAGCAGGUCAACAAUCGAGGAUUCACUGCACCAGAUUGGCCGGAGAUAAAGCUGACAAUUGGUGGUUACGGCAUCAUCCAAAAGUUUUAGGGCUGAAAUUUAAAGAAGGCACUAAAAGAGCCGAAAAAAUUAAUGCCAUUGAUGCUUACAUUACUCAAGAGAUAGAGAAUAUUACAGAUCAACAAUGGUGUAAGGUUUUGAAAGAAAUUCCUCAAGAACUGACCUUACACGAAAAAGUGGAGUGGAAUAAAAAAUUGAACGGUGUAAUCCUUAGUUCAGAUGCAUUUUUUCCUUUUAGAGAUAGUAUUGAUAGAGCUGUAAAUUCUGGCGUUGAGUACAUUGCAGCUCCAUCAGGUUCUAAUAAUGACAAAUCUGUUAUAGAUGCUUGCAAUAAUUAUGGAAUAACUUUGGUUUUUACCCACGAAAGGUUGUUUCAUCAUUGAAUAUAAUUAAUUUUUUGUAAUGAUUUUAUAAAUAUUAUAAUAAUUCCAAAUCACUCAUGUGAUAUUACACGCAUUAUUUUACAAUAA